AUGCCAACAUGGAGUCGCACAGUGAGUCAAAGAGCAGCAACAGCGCUGACCAAAAAGACACCCAAAAUCCCUCGUAUUCGGUCCUGCUGGCCAUCAAGACGCUGCGACAGCUCGUCAUCAACAACAUUGAGCAUUACCAGAAGUCGAAAAGCAGCAGCGGCGAGAAGUUCUUCACGGUGUUCUGUCUGAUCGAGGAAGAGAGCGAUGCCGUACGGCCGGCGGUGGAGACGUUGGCGUCCAUCGCGCCGCGGUUCGACUUCGAUGAGCGGACGCCGGGGAACGGGUACCGCAGCCUGAUCAGCGUGGUGGAGUGCUCCGUGGAAAAACUCAUCCAAAUCUCGCGAUAUGUGGCCGUCAAUAGGGACAGUUUGCUGUUCAGGGCCGGCCACUAUUUGAGGGAACUUGAAGCCUAUGGCAAAGUGCUGAGCCAGCUGAGGGUGCUUCUGGGCUACGGGGAGAAGCUCCUAGCUUACUCGGACGUGGACCAGUGUCAGCUGUUUCCUGAGAAGGACCAGCUGGAACAGAUGCCGAUGGACAUCAUGCUGGAGGUCCAGGCCUUGGACAGGGAGUGCUUCUACGGACGCUGCUUGGGCUUUCAGUUCUGUGACAGCAUGUGGCAGUCGUUGCAGACCGUGGCCGUUGCCCUGGCAUCUUACAGCGAGGGGUACCACAAACAUGAAGGCACAUUCUCCAGGGCAGCCGCCUCCAUCUUCCAUGGGAGCCGAUACCUGACCAAUCCAGAGGCCCGGGCCAAGCAGAUUGUUAACGUCACCAACAAAUCGGAUAUCAAGUUCUGCAAAGCAUUCUGGUCCAUCACUGAAGGCGAUGUGAUUGCGGAGAUGUGCAACCUCAUGGCUGGUAGCGUCGCCAUCAACAAGCUGAUCCAGAUCCAGCCGCACACGUUUGAGUUGGACGGGGAAGACGGGGAACCGGUGACCAUCGUACCGCCGUGUGCUCACACGGGACCAGGCAACGUGCAGAUUCGGCUGCUGUCGUUUGUCGAACGAGACGGGCAGAGCUGGUUGCACGACAUCUCCCCUGAGAAGACUAACAAGGGAAAGGAGAAGGACCUACCGCCCAAGUCUGCAGCUCCCAUGUCAAAGGGCAUGCUCAUACAUAUUCAUGGCGGAGGCUUCGUUGCCCACACUUCCAAAUCCCACGAGAUCUACCUGAGGUCCUGGGCAAGGGAUCUGGGAGUUCCAAUCGUUUCCAUCGACUACUCCCUCGCCCCCGAGCAGCCCUUCCCAAGAGCGUUUGAGGAGUGCUUCUUCGCCUACGCCUGGGCCAUCAAGAAUGCUGAAUUUCUGGGGUCAACCGGUGAGCAUAUAUGCCUGGCAGGAGACAGCGCAGGUGGCAAUCUGAGUAUUGCCGUUGCGAUGAGAGCGGCGUCGUACGGCAUACGCGCCCCUGACGGAGUCGUCCCGCUGUACACCCCAUUCAACGUCCACUACCAGCCGUCGCCGUCCCGGAUGCUCAGCCUGCUGGACCCCUUGCUGCCCAUCGGCAUCCUGAUCCGAUGCCUCGCGGCCUACGCCGGCCUGGAGGAGGAGUUCAUCUCGGAGGAGAUGGCCAACGCGAUCAUCGAGAAGGCCAAUGACAAGUUUCACGUCGCCACGUCGCGCAAGUCGUCCCGGGGAAGCAGCGUGAGAAGCACGGACUCGACGGGCAGCCAGGAGGUAUCCCAGGAUGCUCAACAGUCUGAGAUUAAAGAGGAGAAACCGAAGGAGGCGGUGGACUUGGAUAACAACGUCCAGACGAGGAGCGAAGAAGACGAUGAUUCCUUUCUCAGGACGUUGGAAAUGACCGACGCGUGGUCGCCGGAUGUGGACGCCACGGAACUGAAGUUACCGUACACAGGGUCGGAGGUGUCCAUGUCCAAAAUGGAGCAGAAUGGCGCGGCGACGUCCAACGGGGAUGUCGUCCACUGCAAACGAUCUGACGAACCGGAGACGAUCGCCGUUGUCGAUCCCAGCAUGCCCCCUGGUUCCCCUUCCUUAAGGUCAAAGGUUAUUCGUAAACCGACAGAUUCCGGAAGCGGAGAUCAAAAGCCAGCCUCAAACGACGUCACUCCUGCUCUGAAGAGAGAAAGCUUGACCCUUGACCUCGGGGAGGAGGAGCCAGUCGUCAAGAUCGGGCCGGAGACGCCGUCGGCCUACGUGACUUCACCAAUCAGAAAGCUGCGUGAGGUGCCGAUCAUGAGCAACUCCUACAUGUCUCCGUUGUUUGCCACAGACGAACUCUUGAAAGGCCUACCUCCAGUUCACAUCAUUGGUUGCACCUUUGACCCCCUCCUGGACGACUCCAUCAUGUUCGCCCGUCGUCUGCGCUCCUUAAACUGCCCGGUCCACCUGGAGAUCAUCGAUAAACUCCCCCACGGGUUCCUCCUGUUCUCCCCCGUCGGUAAGGAGUGCAAAGCGGCCUCCAUGGUCUGCGUCAAGCACAUCAUGAAGGUAUUGUACGGCUUCGACAUCCAGGAGGAGGAAGAAGAGUUUUCAGAGCUCGACUCUGAAAUGUAUUAAUUUAAGUUUUUGGGUUUAUUUUAGUUUUCAAGGUAAAUAAAAGAUAAACAUGCGUUCUUUCAGCAAAACGAAAUCAAUUCACAAACACAUCCUUAUGUGAUUUGUUUUCGUUUUAGUGAAAGAACCUUACCUUCUUGCGAUCCGUGGACAGAACCUUAAAACGGUGGUUGUGUUUAUAAACUCCGUAACUGAAAAAGUACAUGAGUGAUUUGAAUGAUUCUUGUACUAAAAGAAAGCUUAUGAAUUGGGCUUUCAUAUCCUAGAUUUUUAAAAUGCUACAUGCAGAACUUCAGUAAAACAAUGGUUCCGACAUUUGGGUUUCGGUUUUUUUUACUCGCCCUUUAUUUGAUUGUAGAUGUACGGCAGAAAGUGCACUUGGCAAAAUAUUCUUAUCUAAAUGUGCACAAACUGAAAUUGUUAUAUUGUGUCUUGCAUACUGUAAUUUCAUAGGUCUAGAAUGACCACGUGUCCAGUCUUUAAAAUGAAUACGUCACAUACACUUUGGUGCAUUUGAGUACCUCAUAUACACCGAAUUGCAUUGCGCGCCGUGAAGGGUGCGUGUGGAGGGCCCGCGCACCUCACAACGGAGAACUGCAACCUCUCAAUCUCGUGUCUGGCAGGAAAGCUCACAGUAAUCAAAAGGUUACACUGCAGUGAUUCAAUUUAUUUCUUGAAUAGUGUGUUAUAAACCUUCAUCUUUUAGACAUAUUGUUAACCCCUUAAGGACGGGGU